AUGGGCUCCGUGAAUAAAGGGCUACCCUGGCAAGAGAGAGUUGCAAACAAGCGACAAAAUUGUGCUGACAAAAUCCCGGCAGCAUGGAGAAUCCCAGGAAAUUAUCUGGACAAUUUCCUGACACCGUUGUCGGAUAAUAAGAACAAUCUUAUCCAGGCUGAGGCGAUUCAGAAAUCAGGGAUUUUGACGGACCAGGAGCUUCGAAUCACGGAACAAUAUACUGUCCAGGAACUGAUUUCUGCGCUAGCGAACGGCAGUUUGACCGCAACGGAAGUGACUGUGGCCUAUUGCAAGCGCGCCGCUGUUGCUCAGCAGCUUGUGUCAUGUAUUACCGAGACAUUGUUCGCAGAGGCCCAGGAGCGAGCUCAGUAUUUGGACAGCCUUCGAGAGCAAGGUCGGUUAGCGGGACCGCUCCAUGGGCUCCCGGUCAGUAUCAAGGAUAAUUUCCACGUCAAGGGAACCGAGGCAACAAUCGGGAUGGUCUCGUUUCUGGAUGAAGUUUCACUGGACAACUCCCCUUUGGUUGAUAUGCUCCUUGAGUUGGGAGCAGUCAUUUAUGUCAAGACCAAUGUGCCUCAGACAAUGAUGACUGCCGACUCUCAUAAUAAUGUUUUUGGGAGGACUUUGAACCCCUGGAACACCACAUUGGGGCCGGGCGGAUCGAGCGGAGGAGAAGGUGCCUUAAUCGCUCUUCGAGGAUCACCACUUGGUGUCGGAACCGACAUUGGCGGCUCGGUCCGAAUCCCUGCCCUGUGUUGCGGCACAUAUGGGUUCCGUCCAAGCGCUGGCAGAAUACCAAACGGGGGAAUGCGCGCGUGCACAACCAGUGGGAUGAAGUUUAUUCUAUCUUGUGCCGGUCCACUUGCGCUGGACCUGAACGGCAUUGAGACAUUUUUCAAGUCCAUUUUUGCCGCCCGGCCUGCCCUUUACGACUCCACUAUUCUCGACAUUCCAUGGCGGCAGGUAUCCACACGGCCCAGUUUAAGAAUCGGCAUCGUUCCCGAGAGCCCUACAUUCCCCUUGCAUCCGCCCGUCAAGAGAGUUUUGGCCGAGGCGGCCCGCUUGCUGGAGGCGGAGGGCCACCACAUCAUUCCCCUGGAGGUGCAGGAAUGCCAGGUCAUGGAGGCGAAUGAAAUCGCCUGGAACAUCUUCAGCCUUGACCAAGCUGCCAUGGGCUACAUCCAAUCAAGCGGGGAGCCCCCGGUCCCAGCUUUGGUUCAUAUUGGAACACUCAUUGAGAAGCUAAAGGGGGCGUAUCAAUCGACUUUGCCCGACUUGAGUGGGCUUGAUCGAAUGGGCAAAUUGGCCUUGUUGAACACACGCCGAGCGGAGCUGCGCGAAUUGUACCGGAAGAUGUGGCUGCGACAUGAUUUGGAUAUUUCACCGUAUACCACGUUUUUGAAUUGCCUUGAUUAUCCAUCCUGUGUCAUUCCUUUUGGAAGAGUGGGUGGGUCGGAUGCCAAAGAAACUUUGGUGCUAAAGGAGAGUCAGGUUGCACCACCAUACAACUUCGACCAACUUGAAGGAGCGCCGUGCGCCAUCCAAGUCUUUACCACUACCCUGCGGGAUGAGGAAUGUUUACAACUGACCAAACAAAUCGACCAGUGCCUUAAACGCGCAGCUUAA